CUGACACAGAACCAGACCAGAGCAUCAGAGACCAGAACAUAGGAGACUAGAGCAUCAGAGACCAGAGCAUCAGAGACCAGAGCAUCAGAGACCAGAGCAUCAGAGACCAGAGCAUCAGAAACCAGAGCAUCAGUGACCAGGUAAUCAGAGACCAGAGCAUCAGAGACCAGAGCAUCAGAGACCAGAGCAUCAGAGACCAGAUCAUUAGAGACCAGAGCAUCAGAAACCAGAGCAUCAGAGACCAGAGCAUCAGAGACCAUCUCAGACAAUACAAUCUUCAGCAUCUCAACCAUCUCUGAACCAUGAAGACCCUGACUGCUCUCCUCCUCCUGGGACUGCUCUGCUCCCUGCAUACGACUUCUGCAGGUGUCAUCUCGUUGGAAACAGCAACUGAAUGCUGUGUGGAAUUCAGCGCGAGGAUCCCUCUUAAACAAGUGGUUUCUCUCAGAACAACCUCCAGUAGCUGCCCUCGCAAAGCACUGAUUUUCACCACAAAGAAAGGGAAGACAUUUUGUGUUGACCCUUCUGAAGCCUGGGUCCAGAGUCAUGUGACCAAGAUUGAGAGCAGACAGCGAUGAUGUCAUCAACCACCAUCACCCCCUAACACCCUAACCCUUGGUGGUGCACUAUAAAGGGAAUUGGUUGCCAUUAGUGACACAAACCUUGUUAAUACCCUAUCUGAGAUUGUUAUAGAGGAGGUUAAAUGUAAUGUACUAGGUUAAUACCCUAUCUGAGAUUGGUAUAGAGGAGGAUCAAUGUAAUGUACUAGGUUAAUACCCUAUCUGAGAUUGGUAUAGAGGUUCAAUGUAAUGUACUAGGUUAAUACCCUAUCUGAGAUUGGUAUAGAGGAGGAUCAAUGUAAUGUACUAGGUUAAUACCCUAUCUGAGAUUGGUAUAGAGGAGGAUCAAUGUAAUGUACUAUGUUAAUACCCUGUCUGAGAUUGGUACGGAGGAGGUUAAAUGUAAUUCUAAUUGUUUAUUUUUCUAUAACUGUAAAAAUAUUUGACAUGUAGCUAUUCAGUAACCUAUUUUAUAUUUUAUAAAGCUGUUGAUGA